UUGGAGUAGGCAUGUAUGCACAUUAAGUAUACAUUGAGACAAGAAUAUGGGUAAUUUGUUCUUCCUUAUGCCUAUUUCAAAAUGUUUGGCCUGAUCCUCUAAAAAUACAUAAUUUCCAUUUUGAGUUCAAAGUAAAUAAUCUCCAGAAAGACGGGGGCACACUUAAACUAGGACUUUGUACACACACGCCACGUUAUACCAAUAAAGGGGCAAGAAAAUAUGAUGCAAUAUAACCUAAUAUUUCUGUUACUUUUACCCCGAAAUAAUAAUAUUAAUAAUACUCUUCAUAAACGUUAUGGAAAAUUGCAUCCACAAACAACGCUAUUCCCUGCUGACGGGUGCCGACUGUCCACCCUGUCCAUUAGAAUUAAUCUUGCUAAAUCUCAAUCGGUAUUAUAAUGUCAUCCCCUCAAUUUAGCACGACAGAAUACGCCAUGAAUAGAAAGCAUUCCUACUCUAUUCCCACGUGUUGUGUAAACGUGGGAAUAGAGUAGGAAUGCUCCCUGUUCAUGCGACCCUGACCUAUGUGUAUCAUAUAUGUAUGUUAUUUCCAUGUCCAUUAAUUAACUUGAGCUACUUCCAAAUUAGUCACUUUAACCAAGUUGCAAAGGCCCAAUGGUACUAAAAUGAACAGUCAGCAGCGUUCAAGUUGUCUUGUUAUGUUGGGCACUUAACAUGUUUGAAACAAAAUUCAAUAUUACACUGUUGACCUUACAUUAUGGUGCUCUUAAGGCCUGUUAGGGAUUUGUUACAGCGACACUGGCCAUUGCGCAUGCGUGAAAUGUAUCAAUUCUACAUAAUGAUCUCUGAUGACAGGGACACUCAGUGCUCGAACGAAAGACAUUUAAUGUUCGUGUACCCACAAUCGUAUGUAGUAUCCGUUUUGUAGUAUCUCGCCCUUUUCGAUCUCGACUUUCGUAACUUAGUUACUUACUUUCGACUAGUUUUCUCUACUGCCGGCGUUACCUCUUGGGAAAUAAAUUCAUGGCAGGGACUAUUAUGUUGUCUGUUCAUCCCUCAAGGGGACUCGUGGACGAAAAGUUCCGAGUGGAGGUGGAGAAUCUCCCCCCUGCAUGCCCAGUGACUCUGCACUGUCUCCACCGCUCCGAGGACCAGGACCACUGGGAAGCCUUCGGGCAUUACUGCAGCGACCACAGCGGGACGGUGAAAGUGUCUGAAGAUGAAAGUUUCGGGGGAACUUACAGCGGAAGGGAAUGUAUGGGACUGCUGUGGAGUAUGCGACCCGUUCCAGGCAGUAGAAGGGGGCUUAGGUUGAGGAAGACGCACGUUGACAUCCCCAUGACGCUGCUAAUAUCGGUGUACAGAGGUCACCUGACCGCAGGCUUCAGAGAGCUGCCUCCCGUGGCCUCGGUGGUAGCGGAGAGGUGGUACAUGGCGCCCGGCGUCAAACGCAUCGCAGUCGAGGAGCGAGGGGUCGUUGGCACUUUCUUCAUUCCUCCGGGCCCCGGGCCCUUCCCCGGUGUGCUGGACAUGUGGGGUGGGGGAGGCGGACUGGUGGAGUACCGUUCAGCCCUGCUCGCGUCCCACGGUUUUGCGUCCAUGGCCCUCAAAUACAUCGACCCUGGGGACACUCCCACGGAUAUGGCGAUGGGCUACUUUGAGACAGCUUUUCAGAUCAUCCAAGACCACCCGCAGGUUAUCACCGACCGGGUGGGCAUUCUUGGCCUUUCCUUUGGCACUUCAGUGGCCCUGACUGUAGCCGCUUACUCCCAGAUCAGCAGACCUCGUUGCUGUGUUUGUAUCAGCGGCAGUCACGCCUACCCAAUAACCACACCCAUGGAUCUAUUAGCAGAGGCAAGGGUUAGGAACAGUGAGAAAGUUUGGAAGGAUGAAGAAAACAACGUGAUAUGGCGAAACCUAAUUCUACCGAUCCCCACGGACCCAGCCUUGAGAGUUGACGUGGGGAGAAUUGAGUGUCCGCUGCUGCUUGUCAAUGGAGACGACGAUCAGAACUGGGCCACCACAGAGUCCGCAGAAGAUAUAGCCAAUAUGAUGUCUGUUGCUGGCAACAAACACCUGCUGACCACCCUGACGUACCCCAAAGCGGGUCAUCUUAUCGAGCCCCCCUUCACCCCACACAUCAGGGCCAGCAACUUCAUCGUUCAACAUACCAGAGAGAAAGUGAUAAUGCUGUGGGGAGGAGAGCCCAAAGGUCAUGCAGUUGCUCAAGAAGAUUCUUGGAAGAGGAUCUUAAACUUCUUGAAGGAGCAUCUGUGUAUCCAACCCACCCUGGCUCCCCAGGCCAAACUAUAAAUGUGUCACACACACAACGAGUUGUUAUUUUUUGACAUUCAAAUAUAUACACGUAUGAAGCACGAAAUGGUCAAGAUGUGAGCCCGAAACUAAUAAUAUGAAUCCAACUAUGGGCCAUAGAUAUCGUACACAACUCAUGAAAUAAAACGGUAACAUCCGGUUGGCGUGUAGACCAAACAUCUGGAUUGGUCGAUUUAAAUGCGCGCUUGUUACAUAUUGGUUAUCAGUCAAGCGUCUGCGUACUUUGAUUGUUCCAGGUAAAUGCACAACAAAUGGACAACAAAAUGUUAAUAUUUUCUUUUCGUAAUAUGAUAUAAAUGUUAUUGAAAUCGUUCGAUAAGAUACAGUUUAAGAUAAGAUAAAGUUUAAGAAGAAAGAAAAAAAAGUCUGUAAAUGUUUGUUAACAGAUUGAUCCAGCCCAGUAACAAAGUUUAAAGGGAAACUGUAAAAAUGA